AUUUAACUACCAAGGCUCAUGGUUUGGGCGAGUUUUUACAAUAAGAAGUGGGUCCAAUCCACUCCACCGGUUUCCCAGUCAAAGUGAGGAUAGCAGGAAAGACCCUCUCUUUAUUGGGCUCCGCGGGGACAGACCCAAGAUGCUCAGGACCCCGAUGCUGGGCAGGAACCAUGCGAAGUCCUCAGGCUUCUCCGUCUUGGCCAAGCAGGCGUGGGGGGCUCUACGAAGCCAUCAGCUGAGGCCUGAGCGACUGUGCUCCCAGGUGCCCUGUGCGCAGAGAAGUAGGAAUAACGCUUGCUGUGAUGGGCAACACCUUUUCCUCAGUGGCAGGGACGGUGUCCACGCCGAGGUUUCAUCGUUGGCGGCCCCUUCAGCCUUCAUGAAAUGUCACAAAUGCACACUAAAGACCCCCACUCUUCUGCACCUUGCAUCUCUGUGUGGGGGGCAGCUGAGUCCCCGGUCAGUGCACCCUCUUUGGAAGGGCCCAGCCUCCAAGCCCGGGGGCUCCCGGCAGUCCCCCAUCAACAUCCGCUGGAGGGACAGUGUUUAUGACCCGGGGCUGCACCCUCUCCGGGUCUCCUAUGACGCCGCGGCCUGCCGCUACGCCUGGAACACCGGCUACCUCUUCCAGGUGGAAUUUGACGACGCCAUCGAGGGCGCAGGAAUCAGCGGUGGCCCCUUGGAAAACCACUACCGCCUGAAGCAGUUCCACUUCCACUGGGGAGCAGUGAACGAGUGGGGCUCCGAGCACACGGUGGAGGACCACGUGUACCCGGCAGAGCUGCAUUUAGUUCACUGGAAUGCUGUGAAAUACCCAAACUACAAAGAAGCUGUAAUGGGAGAGAACGGCUUGGCUGUCAUAGGCGUGUUUUUAAAGCUGGGGUCCCACCACGAGGCACUGCAGACGCUGGUGGACAUCUUGCCGGAAAUAAAGCAUAAGGACGCACGGGUGGCCAUGGGCCCCUUCGAGCCCUCCUGCCUGCUGCCCACCUGCCGGGAUUACUGGACCUACCCGGGCUCCCUCACCACUCCCCCACUGACCGAGUCUGUCACCUGGAUCAUCCAGAAGAAGCCCAUUGAAGUGGCCGCGAACCAGCUGGCCGCGUUUCGCACGCUCCUGUUCACGGCACUUGGUGAAGAAGAGAAGACGAUGGUGAACAACUACCGCCCACUUCAAUCCCUGAUGAACCGGAAGCUCCGUGCAUCCUUCCAGGCCACUGAAGGGGGCACCAGAUCCUAAAUUCAUUACGUCCAAGUCAAUGGGCUGAACUGACUGUAAAGAGAGGAAGUAUUGUUUCCCAAGUCUCAUGGUCUGAUCAUAUGCAAGCCCUGACAUUAAAAAGAAAGACAGAUCAUUGUUUUGGUCAAUGUACUUUUCAGCUGCAAUGAAAAUCACUUCAAAGAAAGGGAAUGGAUACCCGGGACCCAGAGGGUCUCAUGGGACUCGCAGCAGGUCACGGCAGCCUCACGGGGCCGAGCAAGCCCCCGACUGACGUCAUCCGCCCAGCCCUCUCUCAGCUCCAUGCUGCCCUCUCCCCAGGUGGUGUCCUCUGCUUCUCCACACUCAUGGCCACCCGUAGUUCCCAGGCAACAGAGUCUCGAUGUGUCAGUGUCCCGGUGCUCCUAUAACAAAUGACCCCAAACUGAGGGGUUAAACAUCAGAAAUAUAUUUUCCCACAGUUCUGAGACUGCAAGUCCGAGGUCGAGGUGCCGACACUGCCGGGGUCUGGUGAGACCUCUCUCUGUGGCUUGCAGGAGGCACCAUCUCACAGGGCCUUUCCUCUCUCUCUUCCUCUUAUAAAGCCACCAAUCCUAUUGAAUUAUGACCCCACCUUUAUGACCCCGUUCAACCUUAAUUAUCUUCUAAAAGUCCCAUCUCCAAUACAGACAUAUUGGAAGUUAA